ACGAAGGAAGGAAGAAAGCCUUCACGCUCCUCCGUCUCGUCUAUUCUCAGGUACCUUCAGGUGUCUUUCUCUGCUCCGUGGGAAAAAUGGGCUGCUCGAUUCUUGGCGGAACAACGUUUUCCGGUCUCGAAAUCUAAAUGGGUUUCUUCUCCAAGGUGGGGGCUAGGUUAACUGGGUCCUGGUUUUAUCCACAAGCAUGAAAGCACGACCAGUAAGCCGCUGGAGAUCUAUUGUAUCUCGUCAUAUACGAGGAAAGUCUGCCGACUAUUUCUGCUUGUUUCAAAAAGUGAAACCAGCACCAUAUGGACGAGGAAAUGCUCCUGUUUUUCUGAAUGUUUAUGACUUAACAGCGGUUAAUGAUUACUUCUACUGGUCAGGAAUUGGUGUUUUUCACUCUGGUGUUGAAGUUUAUGGCGUGGAAUAUGCUUUUGGAGCUCAUGAGUAUCCAUCAAGUGGCGUGUUUGAAGUUGAACCGAGACAAUGUCCUGGCUUUAAGUUCAGGAAGUCCAUACUUGUGGGGACGACGAGUUUGGAUCCUAUCCAGGUCCGAGAUUUCAUCGAGCGUCAAUCUGCAAGCUAUCAUGGUGAUACAUAUCACUUGAUCAUUAAGAACUGCAAUCAUUUCUGUGAAGACAUGUGCUUCAAGCUGACCGGGAAGACUAUCCCAAGAUGGGUAAACCGGCUCGCAAGAAUAGGUUCGAUGUGCAACUGCAUACUCCCCGAGGCUUUCAAGGUUCCUUCACUAUGCCACAACCCGAACUACCAAGGAGGCGAAAACGAGAGGAAAAGACUGCGGAGCGCCUUCAGUUGCUUCCCAUCGAUCUCGUUACACGAGAGGGAAGUCUCCAUGUCCUCGCUGUUUCUGCACUCUCUUUACAAAGGCUGCUUGCCUCCCUGGGAGCUAAAGACGCCCAAAUCCAAAAGUUGCUUAUCUAAAGAAGGGUAAAGACCGUGUGUUAUUUUUUUUUUCCCCUUUGUCUAGACAUAAUCUUUUGUUAGAUGGUCCGCCGUUCCAUCUAGCGAUUCCGCAAUGCUUGCCUUAGUAUUUGGCUUGGCUGGAAGGGGUAUGAAAUUUCACUUCAGUUGUGGCUUGGAUGUACAAACAGUCCUUGUUUCAAAUUUCUUUGAUCUUGUUGAGUUUGAUCCUAGGUUGUAAUGGAACACACAUGAAUGAUUUAAGCCCUUGCGCCCAAAAGAGCCAAAACUUGGUGGGAGCAUCAUGGAUUGAGGGGCAAUGAGAUGAGAUGGAUGACGAUGAGUUUUGUGUUGACUAAAUUGUUUCUCCACUUUUCUGCAGUUAGCUUGUAUGAAAGUAUAGAGCUUUUGUAUCCCAUAAA